AUGUAUACUCCUUAUGACUUUUCGACAAACCAUACAUUAGUUCUAAGCUAUAGUUCCAAUGGAGUAGUAAUUAGUGACAUUGAAGACACUUUUCUUCAUUACAAACCUUUUAUUAAAGAAAUCUCACUUAGAAACAACACAAUGGCAUAUAUUGAGUUUAUAGACCACAAAACUCCGCUCCAAAUCCACAUUGACAGAACAUCAUACAAACUUAAAUGUGACUCAGUUAAAAUAUUUUGGAGGCUCUCAAAAGAAGAGAUUAUAUCGGAAGAAUUUAAUUACGAAUUUUAUGGUAUGUCUUCCGCUAUAACAGACAAAUCAAUUCAAGAGUAUUUGGGCAAGUAUGCCCAGAUUAAAUCGCUCAAUUAUACUAGUGGAAAACGUGGCGUCUUUUCUAUAAUAAAAUUUAGCAGUUCUGAAGAUGUCGAAAACAUUUUUGAAAAUUACUUUAAAAUCAAAGAUGAUAUCGGUACCAAGAAAUUUGGUAUUAAAAAGCACAAACAUGACAUGAAAAGUGAAUUUAAUGUGCUCGUAAACAACAUCCACCCCGAUUUAGUCGUAAAUUCAGAAUUUUUUCAAUUCUUUAGAUCGUUUGGAAAAAUUGUGAAUUUCUACUUGACAGAAAUUAAUGAAACGUACAACGCAAAAUCGUUGUACGUAGAAUACACAAACAAGAAAAACGUGAAAACAUUAAUAAAAAACGUUAAUGGAAAAGACGUGUUUGGUUGUGACAUGCCCCUUUCGGCAUGUUCUUUGACAAGUAAAAAUGAUUAUUAUGAACAAAAGAAAAAGACAAGUCAUGACGAAAGUAAAAGAAUAAUAAAAACUGAAGAUACAGAUAAUUUAUUUAUUCAGUAA